AUGAACAUUACCAGAGGUUUAACUGAAUUACCCUCUCAUAUGGAAGAUGUUCAACAGAAACACAAGGAGACUCUGCGAGCACAGACUGAAACACUGAGCGUGAACACCAUCCUGAUGAAUGAGAAGGUUAAGGAUUUCCAGCUGCUUGAUCGAUACGCUGAGCUCACAAUCAUCUCCACUGUUCGAGAUCGGACACUGGUGGAACACGAGCUGCUGGCUAGAGGCCGGGACCAUGAAGAGUGGAGAGAUCAAUGUCUCCGGGGAAAGCUGGAAAAAAUCAGGACUGAUCAAUUGUUCCACAGCAGCUUUUCCCGGAGUAAAUCUGGAUCUGGAAGUUCAGCAUCAGUGGCCGGAGUCGCGGGGAUCGGAAAAACAACAAUGGUGCAAAAGAUUGUUCAUGACUGGGCCAUGGGAAAAAUAUACCCACACUUCCAGUUUGUCUUCAGUUUCAAAUUCCGGGAUUUAAACACUAUUAAAGACAGAGUAACCAUGAGGGAACUGAUUCUGGAUCAGUAUCCUUACUUUAGGAAUAUGCUAGGAGAGGUCUGGAAGAACCCAGAGGGAUUGCUGUUUAUAUUCGACGGUCUGGAUGAAUUCAAGGACAGAAUCGAUUUUACUGACAAUAGAGUGCCUCCGUGA